AUGGUUUGCUACCGCGCGGCAUUCCAAGUGGACAGGGCAGGUUGGGCGCAGUGGGAGAGCGAUGGCUCGAGGCUGGGCGGCUGCUGGAUGGAGGGGGAGAGGAUCGAUGGGCGCGCGCUGGAUGUCGAGGCCAGGGAUGCUUUGGUAUGGGGAUACGACGCUGGCGGGGGCGAGGGCGAGGGCGAGGGCGAGGCGGAGGCAGCAAGGGAGACGACAGAAGGGCGAGCAGUCGCGAGGAGGGCGGACGGCGCGGGAGUGGCCUCGGCAGGCAGCCAAUGGGGGCGCACACGAGCCGUGCAGAACGAGUUAAAGUAA